AUGGCUUCCGCACUGAGCUAUGUCAACAAGUUCAAGUCCUUCGUGAUCUUGUUCGGCACCCCGAUCCUGCUGCUGCCGCUCAUCAUCGUGGUGCCCACCAAGACUGCCAGGUGUGCCUACGCCAUCAUCAUCAUGGCCAUUUACUGGUGCACGGAAGUCAUCCCUCUGGCCGUCACUGCCCUCUUGCCUGUCUUGCUUUUCCCACUCCUCAAGGUUCUGGACUCCAAGAAGGUGUGUAUCCAGUACAUGAAGGACACUAACAUGCUGUUCGUGGGAGGCCUCAUCGUGGCUGUGGCCGUGCAGCGCUGGAACCUGCACAAGAGAAUCGCUCUGCGAAUACUCCUCUGGUUGGGGACCAAUCCUGCACGGCUGAUGCUGGGCUUCAUGGGCGCCACCGCCUUCCUCUCCAUGUGGAUCAGCAACACAGCCACCACAGCCAUGAUGAUGCCCAUUGUGGAGGCCGUGCUGCAGCAGAUGCAGGACGACAGGAGCAAAGUCAAAAAAGGCAGCAAAGGCAACAUGGGGUCCAUGCAGCCUUCAGCAAAAAGCACUUCUGGUGAGCCAUCAGGGAGCCAAGUGAUUUCUGAAGGCGCUGCUAUGGAGCCGCAGGAGAAUCGUGCCUGGAAGAGCAUGUGCAAGGCCAUGACACUGUGCGUGUGCUACUCGGCCAGCAUCGGAGGCACUGCCACCCUGACCGGGACAGGACCCAACGUGGUGCUCUUGGGCCAGAUGCAGACAUUAUUUCCUGAUAGCAAAGACAUCGUGAACUUUGCUUCCUGGUUUGAAUUUGCCUUCCCAAACAUGGUGAUCAUGCUGCUGCUUGCCUGGUUGUGGCUCAGGUGUAUGUUUUUGAGGUUCAGUUCUAAAAAGGGCUUCAGUAAGGAGAAAAGGGUUAGUGAGAAGGCCACGUAUGAGAUACUGAAGGAGGAAUACAGGAAUCUGGGACCCUUCUCCUUCGCCGAGGUCAACAUCACGCUCUGUUUCUUCCUGCUGGUCUUCCUGUGGUUCUCCCGGGACCCUGGCUUCAUACCCGGCUGGGCGUCGAUCACCUGGGUGGAGGGCAAGACAAAGUAUGUCACCGACGCCACUGUGGCCAUCUUUGUGGCUUUGUUGCUAUUCAUUGUGCCUUCACGGAAGCCCAAGUUCAACUUCUCCAGCCAGACUGAGGAAGAAUGGAAGGCUCCAUUUUAUCCACCUGCACUGCUGGAGUGGAAGGCGACCCAGGAGAAAAUUCCCUGGGGCAUUGUGCUGCUUCUGGGCGGCGGAUUUGCUCUGGCUGAAGGAUGCGAGGUCUCAGGGCUGUCUGAAUGGAUGGGGAAGCAGAUGGAGCCCUUGCAGGUUCUGCCCCCAGCAGCCAUCUCGUUGGUCUUGUCCGUGCUCAUUGCUGUGUUCACGGAGUGUACAAGCAACGUGGCCAUUGCCAGCCUCUUCCUGCCCAUCUUUGCCUCCAUGGCACGCACCAUUGGCCUCAACCCGCUGUACGUCAUGAUCCCCUGCACCCUGAGUUCAUCCUUUGCCUUCAUGUUGCCUGUGGCCACCCCACCUAACGCCAUCGUGCUUGCCUACGGACACCUCAAGGUUUCUGACAUGGUGAAAGCAGGACUAAUGAUGAACAUAAUUGGAAUCAUCUGUGCGUUUGUGGCGAUCAACACCUGGGGACGGAUCAUAUUUGACCUGGACAAUUUUCCUCCCUGGGCUGCCAUCUAG